AUGACUGGACCCCAGAUUUAUACUCUUAACAGCGGCAAGAAGGGCGUUGAGGAACAUCGCCUCGACUACCAGCACAUCACUUGGUUACAUCUUACGAAGACCUUGAUCCCCGAUAACAUCAAGUCAUAUCUCAACUCUCUUGGCCGUCCACCUGCAGUAGCCGAUGUUGGAACUGGCACUGGGGUCUGGCUACGAGAUUUCGCACCGGAAGUCCACCAAGACGCUCGUCUUGAUGGGUUUGACAUAGAUGAUUCAAAGUUCUUCCCCCCCAGCGAACUUCCAUCAAAUAUCAAGUUGUCACUCGGUGAUGUCUUCGAGCCAAUCCCCGAGAAUCUUGUGGGAAAAUAUGAUUUGGUGCAUGUUCGACUUUUGAUGGUCGCUCUCAAAGCCGGGGAUUGGGUGCCAGUAGCAAAGAACCUUCAAUCACUUCUGCGACCAGGAGGUUACAUUUUGUGGGACGAAACAGGAUUCACCAAGUUCAAUGCGACUCCAAUCACUGAAGCAUACCAGAAAUGGAUCAGUACGGAUGUCCGGUACGGACUAUCAGUCGGACGCGAUGUCACAAGCCCAAUGCCACUUGAGGGGCACUUCAGAAAGGCUGGUUACGUCGAUUGCUCCCACAUCGACUUUAGCAGCUUCAGUGAGGGACCUGAAGUCCGAAAGAGAGCUGGGGAUACACUUGUCAACUACGCACGACAGGCCUUGAAUGGCAUUGCUUCCCGGGGAGAGUUUGAGUGGAUUCACUCUCAUGAAGAUGUGGAGAAGCAUUGCGACAGGCUACAACAAGAGGUAGACGACGGCAUUUCGGUGAUGGGAUUUGAGGUUCGGUGGACUAUUGGACGGAAGCCGGAAUAA